AUGAACACAUCGCCUGGGUCAUCAUCCACAAGAGCCUCCCCUACACAUCAAAUCAAUUCACAAUCUACCGAAAGAGACACCAAUAUCGAUUCCACAUUGCCUAUCGUGUUCAGAAAAAGUGAUUUUUCCUAUCUGCCUGAAUUCAGCGACAUCAUCAAUCUUAUAUUGAUAGGAUCUCAUCAAGAUGAAAUUGGAAAAGCGGUAGCGCAACUGGAUGACCGUUUUGAGAACGGUCGGCGAGUACUGCAAGACUUACCAGGACUGCAAUACGUUAAAGAAGAACAAGAAGCCAUUUUGAAACGUGAAAUGGCAGUCUUGGACGCGAAGAAAAAGCAGCUGGUAGAGCACUUGGCUUCACCACCCUUUGUUCCUUGA